AAGGUGGCGCUGGGAUAGAGGCCCUCGUCAGCAGCCAUGGCGACAUGCAGACUGCUGACACUAGCCGUAGGACUGGCCUUGCUUUCAGGUCUCCAUGCUGUAGCACCUAUCGGCCAGGAAUUCAUCACUGCCUUCAUGCAAAAUUACCAGUUAGACUAUUCAGAGGCUGAAUUUCAGCUUGUCAUCUCUGGCAACGUUCCCCUCACUACAGUCAACGUCUUGGUCUAUAAAUCCACCUUCCAGAAAGAAUUCUCUCUUCCCCCAGGAGAGACCGUGGUAGUGAAGAUGCCUACUUACAUAGAGACGGUUGGCACCAUUAAAUCCUGCCACACUGUCCUGGUGACAGCCAAUCAAAAUAUCUCUGUGGUGGCCCUGAGCUCAAAGGGAAAUUCAGCUGACACCACAGUUGUCUAUCCUAUCCAGAAUCUCGGAAAGGUGUAUUAUGUUCUCACACCUUUGGGAGCCGUCUCCAAAACGUACAAAGAGUUCUCCGUCAUUGCAUGGCAUGAGCGCACUGACGUAGAGAUCCAUCUCAAGGGAACUGUGAGGUUCCAAGACCACAUUUAUCCUGCAGGCAGCAAGCUGCAAGUCACCCUUCUACCCUAUGAAGCCAUCCAGUUUCAGAGCUACCAAGAUCUCUCUGGCACACUUGUCAGAGCAACACACCCAGUAGCAGUGCUAAGUGGGCACAGCUGUGCCCAAAUGAACACCCAAUGUAGUCAUGUGGUAGAGCAACUGCUACCUGUGCAAAACUGGGGCCUCUCCUUCUUUAUCCUUCCUCUUUCUUUCCAAACUAAAUAUGAUAUUGCAUAUAUAUUAACCUCCCAAAAGACCACAGUCACCUCUGUCUCUGGUCGCGCCCGUAAAAGUUAUGACCUCAAGUCUGGACAGCUGCUUCAGCUGAAAGUCACACAAUCAGGCCCCAUCUACAUCACAGCCAAUGUCGGUAUCCAGGUCUUCUUUUUCUCUCCUGGCGGUACCCAUUCGGGCCGUGCAUUUCACCCCUUCUUCCUGACUGUCCCCGAUAUUCUCAGCUACUGCACAUCCUACUCUUUUGAGAGCCGGGUGGCCUUUGAGAAUUAUGCUCUCCUCGUUGCUAAGACAGCUGUCACUGGUGGGCUCACCAUGGAUGGGGAAGCCUUGGGAGGCAUCUCUUGGAAACAGAUUGCAGGAACAGAAUAUUCAUGGAGUGAGUACAGACUUGGGAAGGAAGAAUGUAUCCAUUCCAUACAACAUCCGGACAGCCCCUUUAGCUUGCUAAGUGUGGGCUUUGCUGACAGGAGUAGCUACGGAGCAGUAGGAGUCUGCCAAAAGGAGGCUCAGCCUGUUCCCCCAAGUACUUCUACACAGUGUCGGAAGAAGGAGACCUACAAAAUACAAAAUGGCCGGAAGGUGUGCAUACCUCAAUCAUCUGCCACUUGCUCGGCUCGGGGUGACCCCCAUUACUGGACGUUUGACAAGCGGAAAUAUGACUUCAUGGGCACCUGCACCUAUACCAUAGCCAAGACCUGUGGACCAGACACAACUCUCCCAGCCUUCCAUGUCACCAUCAAAAAUGAGAAUCGGGGUGUGAAGAGUGUGUCCUACGUUGGAUUGGUGACAGUCCAGGUCUACGGAUAUGACAUAGCCAUAGCCAGGAAGGAACAUGGAUUUGUGCGGGUGAACAACCAGCGCUUCCGACUGCCUGUCACCCUGAUCAAAGAUAAACUAUGGCUCUUCCAAAGCGGGACCUCUGCCAUCCUUGAGACGGACUUUUCACUGAGGGUGGCCUACGACUGGAACAGCAACUUUGCAGUGAAGAUCUCCAGCAGUUUCUUUGAGAACGUUUGCGGCCUUUGUGGGGAUUACAAUGGAAAACCUGAUGACGACUUCAAGACCCCCAGCGGAUCCUUGGCUCCGGGCCCCGUGGAAUUUGGACAGAGUUGGAAAGUGGAGGAUGGAGACCCAACGUGCUGGAAUGACUGCCAUGGAGAAUGUAAGAAGGUCACCAAGGAAAAACUCAUUAAAUACAGAGGUGAAACCUUUUGUGGCUGGAUCAGUAAAAAAGGUGGCCCAUUCAGCAAGUGCCAUUCGUUGGUUGAGCCUGACAUCUUUGUGGAAAAUUGCGCCUAUGACCUCUUCGUCUAUGAAGGACAUCGGGAGGCUUUGUGCCAAGCGCUGAAAAGCUAUGUGGAUGCCUGCCAGCAAGAAGGCGGAGUUGUCUUAGACUGGAGGAACCUCGUUGGAUGCCCUUUAUCCUGCCCCGAGAACAGCGUCUAUAAAAUCUGUGGGUCGGUCUGUCCUGCCACUUGCAGCAAUGAAGCUCUUCCACCCCACUGUUCUUCUUCACAGUGUGUGGAGUCUUGCCAGUGUAAGGAUGGCUUUGUGAUGGAUGCUGGGAAGUGCGUCCCGCGAGCUGCCUGUGGCUGCCUCUUCGAGGGUCGCCUCUUGGCUCCCAAUGAGGAGUUCUGGGGAGACACCACAUGCACAAAGCGCUGCACCUGCGACCCACAGACCAAGAUGGUGAAAUGCCAGGACACCAAGUGCAGCCAGGAGGAGCGAUGUCAGUUGAAGAACGGCAUCCGGAAUUGCUAUCCUGUGAGCUACGGGACCUGUUCUGCCAUCGGCCACUCCCAUUAUCACGGCUUCGAUGGUCACAGUUUUAACUUCCAGGGCACCUGUCUCUACAGAUUUGCUGGGCUGACUCAGAAGAGGCAAGGGUUGGUUGACUUCCAGAUUUUGGUCCAGAAUUCUCCUCACGGGGGCUGGUCUGGGACCCCUAAAAGGGUAGUCAAGAUUGAAAUCUACAACCUGGAGAUCACUGUCAGCUGGGCAUCUCUGGGCAGAAUUACGGUUAAUGGCCAGCUCACCAACCUGCCCUACAAGCUUGGCCCAGAUCAAAUUAUCAUCUACCAAAAGGGUUGGGACACUGUGAUCCAAGCAGAUUUUGGCCUCGGGGUCACCUUCAACUGGCAGAGUCAUCUCACAGUCACUGUGCCAACCACUUACCAAGGUGCCCUGAGCGGACUCUGUGGCAACUUCAACGGAGAUAAACAAGACGACAUGACAUUGAUUAGUAAUGGGCAAGUCACCAAACUGCCAGCUUUUGGCCAACUCUGGAAGGUGGCCAAGUUCCCAGGCUGUGGAGAAGUCAGCCCAAAGAUAUGUCCAAACUUGCAGAGCGUGGCCCAGAAGCAACGAAGCAUGAGCACCGAAUGUGGACUCCUGGUGGACAAGAACGGCCCAUUCAGGGAAUGCCAUGGCAAAAUCAACCCCGAGAUCUUUUUCCUCGACUGCGUGUCUGACUACUGCACAUCCAACAGUCAAACAUCUGUUCUGGGCUACAUCAUCGCUGCUUAUGCAUCUGCCUGCCAAGUUGUGAGAGUGACCAUUUAUAUUUGGAGGAUCCACAUAGUCUGGAAACUUGCAUGUCCACCAAACAGCCAUUAUGAACUCUGUUCCAGAAGCUGUCAGCAGACGUGCGAUAGUCUCUAUUCGUCUCUGCCCUGCUCCACUUCCUGCACAGAAGGGUGUGUGUGUGAUGAAGGCUUUGUGCUCAGUGGCGACCGUUGCGUCCCUCUGCAUCAGUGUGGUUGCACUUAUCAGGACCGGUAUUAUAUGAGUGGACAGACCUUCUACCCAACCAGUAAUUGCAAUAUGAAGUGUACGUGCCAAGGCGAUGGAGCUGUCGCCUGCCACAAAUUCUCCUGUGGGCCCAAUGAAGAAUGCAAGAUAGUGGAUGGAAUCCAAAAAUGCCAUCCAAUGAGUUCAGCCACUUGCUCGGGUUCCGGAGAUCCUCAUUAUGUCUCUUUUGAUGGAGUCCACUUUGAUUUCCAAGGCACCUGCUCUUACAUCCUGGCUAAGACUACCGUCGAAAGCUUGGGUGAUCUGACUCCCUUUACCGUCACGGCAGUAAAUGAGCCUUGGGGGAAUGGAAAAGUCUCAGUCAUUAAGCAAGUAUCUGUAGAAGUCUACGGCUUCAAGCUGACUCUGCUCCAUAAGAAAAAAGGACAGGUCCAGGUGAACGGGGUAUUCCGGUCCCUUCCCAUUGAACUUUAUGGAGGACAUCUCAAAGCCCAUCAACACGGCACUAAGGUCCUGAUAAAAACCAGCUUUGGCCUUAUUGUGAGCUAUGACCUGAUUUACCAUGUGAGAAUUACCGUCCCAAGCAGCUAUCAGAACCGGAUGCAAGGUCUGUGUGGGAAUUACAAUGGGAGGAAGGACGAUGAGUUCCUACUACCCAGUGGGAAGAAAGUUACAGAUGUGGCUGAGUUUGGGGCUUCCUGGAAAGUUUCGGUCCUUGGGGCAGGAGGACCUUGUUCAGAUCGGUGCUCUGGGAACAACUGCCCAACCUGUGAUGAAGAAAAGAAGGAAGUUUUCCAACAGCGCAACUACUGUGGGAUCCUUACUGCCUUGGAUGGCCCCUUAAAGGGUUGCCAUAGCAAGGUGGACCCAAGUGUGUUUUUCAAUGACUGCAUCUACGAUUUGUGCCAAAGUGACGGAAACAGCCAGGCCUUGUGCCAAAGCAUUCAGAGCUAUGUCUCAGCCUGUCAAGAAGCCAAGGUCCUUAUCCAGCCAUGGAGAAGUCCAUCUUUCUGCCCUUUGAGCUGCCCUCCCCACAGCCAUUAUGAGGAAUGUGCUGAUGUUUGUACUGCUGAUUGCUCUGGGCUCCGAAUAUGUCCUGACACCUGUGCCGAAGGCUGCCAGUGUGACCUUGGAUACUUCUUUGACGGGCUCGGCUGCGUCUCAAUGGAGGGCUGUGGAUGCUUUGGAAAUGGAAGUUAUUAUAAGCCCAACGAGGAGGUCCUGUUGAACGAAUGCCAGCAAAUCUGCCGGUGCUCCCCUGAGCAGGGACUCCUUUGCAAAUCUUACCACUGUUCUUCUGACGAAGACUGCCUGGUCCAGGAUGGGAUCAUGCGCUGCAUUAAUAAAGAUCCAUGCAAAACCUUACAGUGUCGGAUCAAAGAAACAUGUAAGGUAAAGAAUGGCGAAGCCUCGUGUGUCCCGACUUACAACGAGACCUGCUAUGGCUGGGGAGAACCACACUAUCACACCUUCGAUGGGUUGGAUGUGGACUUCCAAGGGACUUGCACUUACACGUUGGCCAAAUAUUGUGGCAAUGACACCAGGCUGGUUCCCUUUGUGGUGGAUCAGAAGAAUGAAAACCGGGGGAGGCAGGAUGUUUCUUUUGUGAGGCUGACCAAUAUCUAUGUGUACGGAUACAACAUCUCCAUCCGCAGGAGGCACAAGGGCAAAAUCUGGCUGAACGGGGUCAUCACAAACCUGCCUGUGACCCUGGAGGAUGGGAAAAUCCAACUUUUCCGGAGUGGCGUGAAUGCCAUCCUGCAAACCGACUUUGGACUGGUGGUAUCUUUCGAUGGGGCCUCCCUCUUAUCUGUCACCCUCUCCAGCAGCUACUACGGUUCCCUCUGUGGCCUCUGUGGGAAUUUCAACCAAAACCCGAAGGACGACAUGACCACAGCUGCAGGGGACAAGGCGAAUUCUGCGGUGGAGUGGGCCGCUAGUUGGCAAGUGAAGGACCGCGAUCCAUUCUGCUGGCAUUACUGCAAGGGCAAAUGCCCCACCUGUGAGGAGAGCAAGCAGCAGCUCUUUGGAAGCGACAAAUUCUGUGGGCUCCUCACCAAGUUGGACGGGGGUCCCUUCCAGAAGUGCCACCCCAAGUUAAACCCUGACCACUUUUUUGACAGCUGCAUUUAUGACGUCUGUCUCAGCGGGGGUGCCAAGAGCAUCCUGUGCAAAGCUCUAGAGGCUUACGCAACUCACUGCCGCGAUGAAGGUGUGAUCGUUACAGACUGGAGAACACAAAGCGGUUGUGCUUUGCCCUGUCCUGAGAACAGCCACUACGAGGCCUGUGGAAGCGCCUGCCCAAACACUUGCUCGGAGCGAUUGGCUUCCACCUCUUGCAAGAUGCCCUGUGUGGAAACCUGCCAAUGCAACGAAGGCUACGUACUCAGUGUAGAUCGAUGUGUCCCCGUGGGGAGUUGUGGCUGUACCUACAAUGGUGUCUACUACAAACCAGAGCAGGAAUUCUGGGGAGAUAAGAACUGCACCUCUCGCUGCAGGUGUGACCCCAAGAUGGGCAUUGUAGUGUGUGAGCCAGCCAGCUGCAAGGCUAGCGAAAUAUGCGGAAUAGAUGACGGCAUCCAAGAUUGCUACGCUAUCAGCUUUGCCACGUGCACAGUACUGGGGAAUCAUCACUAUGCCACUUUUGAUGGGCACAAAUAUGACUUUACUGGCACUUGCCUCUACCAGCUGGUUGGCUUCUGUGCCAAGGAUCCUGCUCUCACGCCAUUCGCCAUCAAGAUCCAGAACAGCCAAGGCAGGAAGAUCUUGCUGUUUUCUUCUCUUAUGACCUUGGAAGUCUAUAAUAUGGUCAUUACCAUCAGCCAGGAUCAUCCUGAUACAAUCCAGGUUGAUGGAGUAUUAGUGGAUUUACCUUUCUAUUAUGAAGACAAGAUCCAGGCCUACCUUAGUGGAAAUCAUCUCCUUAUCAAGACUCAGUUUGACCUUUCCGUCAUCUUCAGUUGGAAUAGAUUAGUCCACAUCACCGUUCCUGGCAGCUACCUCAAUGCGAUUUGUGGUCUCUGCGGUAACAACGGUCAAAAACCCGGUAGAGAAUUGACCAUGAAGAAUGGGGCCCCAGCAGCCAAUUUUAUCCAGUUUGCUGACAGCUGGAAAGAAGGCGAGAGCCUUGAUUGUGUGAAUGGGUGCACCAGCAACUGCCCAGGCUGUAGUGAAAACGAGAAAGAGAUCUAUAAGAAGGAUCACUACUGUGGGGUCCUCUCCAGGAAAGAUGGACCAUUCAAGCAUUGCCACAUAGCGGUCAACCCAGCUCCUUACUUUGAUUCUUGUGUCUUGGAUGCCUGUCUGUACAAGGGCCACCAGAGCAUCUUGUGCAGUGCCAUUGCAGCCUACGUAACGGUGUGCCAAGCACUGGGCAUCCAGAUUAACCAGUGGCGGUUGGCCUCCUUUUGCAGUUUUUCCUGCCCCCCUAAUUCCCACUACGAACUCUGUGGAGAUGGCUGCCCUGUGACCUGUCAUGGCCUCUCAGCCCCCGAUGGAUGUGAGACAUCCUGCAAAGAAGGCUGCUAUUGCAAUACUGGGUUUGUCCUGAGUGGAGAUGAGUGUGUCCCAAUAGGAGAAUGUGGUUGUCUGUAUGAGGGCAGGUAUUAUAAAAAGGGUGAUGAAUUUUACCUCAGUGCCUCUUGCCAAGACAAAUGUCGUUGUGGAGAAAAUGGCGCCGUAGAGUGUCGGAAGGUCUUCUGUGGGCCUCAGCAGGAAUGCAGGAUUGAGAACGGGAAGCAAGCUUGUCACCCUCGUGGCUAUGGCAAAUGCAGCGUAACCGGUGGGCCACCACAGCUCAGCACCCAGUUCCUCCCUCCCCUGUCCCCAGAAAUCUCUUGGGAAGGCUCAAGCAAAGCAUCAACCAAAACAGCUUUGCAAAGCAAUAUGGCCUUCUCACUUCUAAGCACAGGUUUUUCCUGCCCCCCUAAUUCCCACUACGAACUCUGUGGAGAUGGCUGCCCUGUGACCUGUCAUGGCCUCUCAGCCCCCGAUGGAUGUGAGACAUCCUGCAAAGAAGGCUGCUAUUGCAAUACUGGGUUUGUCCUGAGUGGAGAUGAGUGUGUCCCAAUAGGAGAAUGUGGUUGUCUGUACGAGGGCAGGUAUUAUAAAAAGGGUGAUGAAUUUUACCUCAGUGCCUCUUGCCAAGACAAAUGUCGUUGUGGAGAAAAUGGCGCCGUAGAGUGUCGGAAGGUCUUCUGUGGGCCUCAGCAGGAAUGCAGGAUUGAGAACGGGAAGCAAGCUUGUCACCCUCAUGGCUAUGGCAAAUGCAGCGUAACCGGUGGAAGCCACUACCUCACUUUGGAUGGAGAGACCUUCAACUUCCUCGGGUCCUGUUCUUACACACUGGUCGAAGUCUGUGGCAAGGAUCCUGAACUGGCCCAUUUCUCUGUAGUGGUGGAGAACGAGAGCAAUCGGGAAGGCAAAGUCGUGCCCAAGGCAGUUGUCAUCACUCUCCGAGGUUAUCUCAUCAGACUUGUGAGAGGAAUGACUUGGCAAGUUCAGGUGAAUGAAGAAGCCUAUGCCCUGCCACUCGUGAUAAAGAGAAGAUCAAUUUUAAUCCAUCAAGAGGGGAAGAACGUUGUGGUCCAGACGGACUUUGGUUUCAAAGUUCUCUAUGGUUCUUCUCAAUUCAUCCUUCUGAUCAUCCCUAGCGUGUAUCAAGGACAGGUGUGUGGCCUGUGUGGCAACUUCAACGGGGAGAGACGAGAUGAAUUCCAGUUGCCUGAUGGAACCAGCACCUCCAACUUGACCACGUUUGGAGCCUCCUGGAAGGUGUCAGCGGGAGGCCUCAGGUGUUCGGAUGACUGCAGGAAGAACUGUCCCUCCUGCAGUGCUACUCAGAUCAGGCCGUAUCAGGUAGAGAGUUCUUGUGGGCUGAUCAAGGCCUCCUCAGGCCCUUUUGAAGGCUGCCAUCUCCUGGUGAAGCCUGAAGAGUAUUUCAGUCACUGCCUGUAUGAAAUGUGUGCUGCUCACGGAGCCAAAGAAGCUCUUUGCCGGAGCCUGCAGGCCUACGUCGCUGUGUGUCAAGCAGCUGGAGCCAUUAUCAAGAGCUGGAGGACAGCCGCCUUUUGCCCUUUAACUUGCCCACUUAACAGCCACUACGAGCUGUGUACCAAUUCCUGUGAUUUUACCUGUGCUGGUCUAUCUUCUCCUAUCCGAUGUACUGAGAAAUGCUUUGAAGGCUGCCAAUGCAAUGAUGGCUAUGUUUCUGAUGGGGAAAAGUGCAUAUCCCUGGACAACUGUGGCUGUGUACAUAAUGGGCGAUACCUGAAGGCUGAAGAAAGCAUUCUCUCCAGGGGUUGUUCGGAAACAUGCACCUGCCAUGCCUCAGGCCAGCUCGCCUGCAAUAAAACCAGCUGUCCCCAAGGGAAGGUUUGCACCCUUCAAAAUGGCCGACAUGGUUGCUUCAAGCAGGAAGCGGAAUGCCACCUCAGCUUAGAAGCAGAACUGACCACCUUUGACGGGGUCUCUGGGACAAUACUUUAUGACGGUGCCUAUGUGAUGGCCUCUCUCUGUGACGAAGCAGCCCAGAUGUGGUUUCGGCUGGUGGUGGAUUUCAGGGGCUGCAAUGGUAAAAUGAGCUCAGUUUCUGCCAUCUACGUCUUCUUCCAAGAGGCUGUUCUUGCUGUCAAUCAAGACAAGGAAGUUUGGGUAAGAAAGGUUGAGUUGGUGAUUCUUGGUGCUGUAAACAAAGGAAACUUUUGGUGGAGUUAAACACUUUAUUGCAGUGUUUCUCUACCAUGGCAGCUUUAAGGUAUGUGGACUUCUGGGAGUUGAAGUCCACAUAUCUUAAGGCUGCCAUGGUUGAGAAACAAUGCCUAACUGAAUUUGGAUUUCGUCCCAAUGUGUGCACGUUAGCCUAUUACAGGUAGUGCUCAACUUACAACAACUUGUUUAGCGACCGUUCAAAGUUACAACGGCACUGAAAAAAGUGACUUACAACCGCUAACCAUACUUACAACCAUUGCAAUAUCCCCACAGUCAUGUGAUCAAAAUCCAGAUACUU